CUCUCAUCCCCUUGUUCUCUUUUCCUCAGGGAAGAUCCGAUAGCUCUUCGGGCCAGCCGGUUCACACUUGUCCCUCUUUCUCUCUGUAGCCGCUGUGUGUGUCCUCAUGGCGCUCAGCUCUAUUUACGCAUCGUUUACCGGGACAUUUCCUCUCUUGUGCUAAUAGAUUUGCGCCAUAAUGUGGAUCUCCGGCGGUGUGGGUGCUCUCGGGAGGGUUCGUGAAUCAGCGACCGGAGGGCAGACGAAGCAGCUGGGAUAACUAACUGUGUGCUAUGGUGGGACCUCCUGGAAGAGUUCGGCUUUUCACAAAUAUCGGCAGCAGUUUGCACAGAGCCAUGGAUGUAACGAGGAGUUCAAUGGUUCGAACCCAGCCAGGUGAGCUCGGUGGAGCACCAUCAUCAUCUCACUGAGCAAAACAAGCUCCAGACACUCUUCCACACACACAAGCACACAAACACACACACACACACACACACACACACUGGCCACGACAACCUGUUUGAGGUAACCCACUCCCACAGUAAGACAGCAGCACACGCAGAGCAAACAUGACAGAAAGAGGGGUCUUCCCCACACCCAAAGCCAACAACCCGCGAUCUGCCGCAGGUCCUGCGCUCGCAGGGCCUGUGCUCCCCCCUGAGCCCAUCGACAUCAUCCGCAUUAAGGCCCGCUCCCGGCGAGUCAGGCUCAAUGUUGGAGGUCUCACACAUGAAGUCCUGUGGAGAACAUUGGACAGGCUGCCCAGAACCCGUCUGGGGCGGCUAAGAGACUGCAACACCCAUGAGUCGCUGCUGGAAAUCUGCGACGACUACACCCUAAAUGAGAACGAGUACUUCUUUGACCGGCACCCGGUGGCCUUCUCCUCCAUCCUCAACUUCUACAGAACGGGGAAGCUGCACAUGAUGGAGGAGAUGUGCGCCCUGUCCUUCGGCCAGGAGCUGGACUACUGGGGGAUCGAUGAGAUCUACUUGGAGUCAUGCUGCCAGGCGCGAUACCACCAGAAGAAGGAGCAGAUGAACGAGGAGCUGCGGAGGGAGGCGGAUACACUGAGGGAGAACGAGGGGGAGGAGGAGGAGCACGGCUGCUGUCCCGACAAGAGACAGAAGCUCUGGGAUCUGCUGGAGAAACCCAGCUCAUCUGUGGCUGCAAAGUUUCUGGCUACGAUCUCCAUCCUAUUCAUCAUCAUUUCCACCAUCUCGUUGUCCCUAAACACCCUGCCGGAGCUCCAGGUGGUAGAUGAAUUUGGCCAGUUCAAUGAUAACCCCAGCCUAGCCCAUGUGGAAGCGGUUUGCAUUGCCUGGUUCACCAUGGAGUAUAUGCUGCGCCUGCUCUCAGCGCCCAACAAAUGGGAUUUCAUCAAAGCACCACUGAACAUUAUUGAUUUGCUGGCUAUUCUGCCUUACUUCGUGACCCUCUGCCUAACUGAGUCUAACAAGAGUGUUCUGCAGUUCCAGAACGUGCGCCGUGUGGUCCAGAUCUUCCGAAUUAUGAGGAUCCUGAGGAUCCUAAAGCUAGCCAGGCACUCAACAGGACUCCAGUCAUUGGGCUUCACUUUGCGAAGGAGCUAUAAUGAGUUAGGUCUACUGAUCCUCUUUUUAGCGAUGGGCAUUAUGAUCUUCUCUAGCUUGGUGUUUUUUGCUGAGAAGGAUGAGGACGCCACCAAAUUCACCAGUAUCCCUGCCUCCUUCUGGUGGGCUACCAUUACUAUGACCACUGUUGGUUAUGGAGACAUCUACCCACAAACCCUGCUGGGCAAGAUUGUAGGAGGGCUCUGCUGCAUAGCAGGUGUGUUGGUCAUUGCUCUUCCCAUCCCAAUCAUUGUCAACAACUUCUCUGAGUUCUACCGAGAGCAGAAAAGGCAGGAGAAGGCCAUCAAGAGGAGGGAAGCGCUUGAGAGAGCAAAACGGAGUGGAAGCAUUAUUUCUAUUAACCUAAAGGAUGCUUUUGCACGCAACAUGGAACUUACAGAUGUGUUGGUGGAUAAAAAGGAGGACAGUAAGUGUCCUAUGGACAAUCGCCCAUCACCUAGCCGCUGGAGCUACCACAAUAACUACUCCAAUGCAGAGGUGGGUAGCCCAGGAAAGUCCCAUUACAGGGAAGUGGCUCAGCAGGGUUCCCCUGAACGAGUCAAGACUUCAUCUGAUAAAACUUCCCCUCAAUGCCUAAGCGCAAAGCGACUGGAAGACGCUUACAAUAUGACUGCAACCAUCCUGGAACAACAGGAGAACAUUACAGAGGAGCAGAUGGAGAUGAAAACAUUGUCUUCAACUCAAGCCCGACAAACUUCGUCUGAAGUAAACAUUUCCAGGAAAUUCUCUAAUGCGGCUGAGGAUUUUUCAGUGGAAAGAGGAGAAAGAAGCUCUCUGCUCCCAAGUGCUCAAAUGAGUCAAGCUGGAACUAGAAACCAGCGCAUCCCCCCUCCCUUGGAUCUAAGUCAGAUCAGCACCAUGGAAGUGAGCAAGGGCCCUGACAGUAUCCAGCCAAUGGCCAUCAUUAAAGAGGGUUUUUAUGAGUUUGUGUCCAGCCCCAAAGCACGUGGGACUAGAGAUGUGGGUUUGGUGCCACAGAGCAAGGAAAGUGUUGGGGUGACUUAUGACAGCAACUGCAGUUCCUUGCAAGAUUAUAGCAGCCCUAUAAAGCCAAGAGCCCACAAGGUUGACUUUGUUGGAUCCAAAGAUGACGUGCUAAUGGUGGUGAUGACUCCUGUAGCAAAACAAGCGUCUGCUGGCUCAGCCAAACUUGCUCAACUGCUUUCCGACGACAUGGUUUCCAGGUUCUCCCCCUCUUCUUGCUCCCUAACCCAGGAAGCUAAGUCUCCACCGGCGAUCGUGCAAUCUCCGUGUCUGGCCCAGCAAUCUGUCAGUCCAAGCAACCCCCAGGGUGGAGGUGAGGGCUCAGCAGCCAGGAGAUUAGAAGGUGAAGGACAGCUCAGAAGCUUAAGCCACCAAGCGACAAAUCACAUGGAAAGGUCUGCUGUCAGCUCAGGCAACAAUACUAGCCCACUGUCCAAAGCCAGCCCCCUCAACUGCACCCAGGAGUUGGCAUUUAUGGAAGGAGGGGAAGAAGGAGAAGGAAUAGAGGGAGCAGAACAGAGUGGGGAGAAACGAGAAAAUCACAUUGUUCUAGACAGAAGCUCGACACCACCCUGUGAAACGAGCAUGUGAGCCCAAAGAGUAGAGAAAAGUUCUCAAACGGGGACACCAAAUGGAUGGGUUGAGUAAAAGGUGGAUGGGAUGGAUGACAGCAACUACCCAGAAUAAACCAGAACAACUAGGACCUGGUGUGGGCUCUGCACCUGUUGACAAAGACAAUGCAGAAACACACCAAAGUGGUAACAAAACUACCAGUUGUUGUAGUUGUUUCUGGAGCGACUUGUCAAAUCCCACUAGACUUUUGUACUCUCAUCUGAUUUUUGACAAGUCCUGAAACAGACACAUCUGCAGUGUUCUCACAUGGCUUUAUUACAUCGAGGGAAGUCAGAAGCACAUGCACACACAUGUCUGGAUCCCAUCUGAAAGACACUGUCUCAAACCAGUGUUAUUGACUAUUACUUGUAGACCAGACUGGUAUGUUGCAGAGCGAAACAGUGACCACUGAUAAAUCUUUAGGGCUCAGAUGUGAGCAUAAAUGAAGCCUUGUGUGAAUGAGUAUAUUUACGACUAAGAGAGAGAGAGAGCGAGAAAGAGAGAGAGUUUAAUUUACAGUCUCCUAUUGCUUGCUAUUUAGCCCUAUUUCUUAUGAUGGACUAAUUACACCAUUAAAAGACAGAAGAUGGAAGGAAGUAAUACUUUUUACAAUUGUUUAAGCAAAUUGCAUCUCUUACAAGACUUGAGUCUUUCUUCUGUACCAUGGGUCUUGUUUACUCAUCAUUCUUAUUAUAUAUAUAUAUAAUAAUUAUUUUGUUAUUGUAAUUGUACCCAGAUCAAACAAAAGCACAUGACACUCUUAGGACUUGUGUCACUUUGGUGGACAUGAAUAGCAUCUGCUGUGUCCUAAACACUUAUAAGUGUCUCAGUUUCUGUUUUUGUUUUUGUUUUUAAUUUAUGUCUCUCCUUUUCUAUAAUACCUGAAACAGGGUCUUAAAGGUGAAAAGGGAAUAGCAUAGCGAUGCAAAGUCUAUUUUAUGCAUAGAACACUGUUUGCACACACUUCUAGAAUAAAAAAAACUUCUGAAAAAUAAAUAAGUAAAGAAUGAAAACCGCUAAGGAAACAGCACUAUAUACUCUAUAAAGAGACAGGUGAAAUGGGUAAAUAUAUAAGGACAUAAAGGAAAGUGCACAACAGUGGACAAAUUCACUGACCGCUCAUGUGUGGGUCAUCUCAAACGGGGCUCCUCCUUCAGUGACAUGCAUUUCUAAUGGUCAUAACAGGCUGAUGUACAUUUAGAAACCCAACACCUGGCUGAGAAGUGUGACUUUCUUUUCCCAUCCUUUAUUGAAACAUUGACCAGCCACUUGUUUAAUGGUGUAUUCAGGCAGUUGGAAAAGAGCACCUAAACCCACAAUCUGUUUUAGUCUCUGUGAGACUACUGUUUUAUUAAAAGAUAAUGCCAGUUUACUACAACUUGGGUCUUGUUUCGGAGUUUCAAUCUUCUUUUCUAUCAGUAAUAAUAACACUGUACUCACCAAUUUAAUUGCUAAGAUCUAACAACAUGGUCAAAACAAUGAAAAGAAGACCAAUGGGUCAAGAAACAUGAGCAGUCCAACUAUCAGACAGGUUGGAAACCUUUGAGUCGAACUUUGGAAGUGAAAACAGAGACAAACUGUGAAACCCCCAUCACAGUUUACAGACCCACCACGAUACGUAGGCCCUCAGUAUGCUCCAAACAACGUAACUCCCGAAUUUGAAGGGUGGAAGAGGCUACAUCCAGCCAUUUUUGUAGCUUUUCCACACUAUCGAUCUGAUAUUGGCCAUAUUGGCCCCACGUCUCUGUACUUAACCCUGCCUUUUAAUGCAGCUGUGUACACAAUUAAGUGGUUAAGAUAUUUUGGAUAAACUGUUGGGUUUGUUUCUGUCUGAACAUCCGUCUCAUCAUUGUCACCAUGUUCUCAGACCUCAGCGAUUAACUUGGGGAGUAUGUUAUCAUUACAUGUAGUAGAGAUGGACAAAACUCCCGAAAUAAGACCAAGUGGGAAUAAAUAAACUCAUUUCAGGGAGUAGGUGCAAAUACACGCCACUGAAGAAGGUGGCCCCUGAACACACACACCGUUUGUACUGCUUUUCCCAGAACGUAUUCAUUCAUGACUGGGGUGAGAUAAA